GCACCACUGUCGAUUCGAGAAGGCCUGCUAGUCAGAGCAGACGACUGGACGCAAGUUGUCUACCCAUGAGAAAGAUAUGGAGGGCAGCCUUGUACAUGAUGAGAUGACGCGUGGGUUGAUGGAGUGUUUGGCUGGGCAGCGAUUGAGUUCGACUGUUUCCACGGCUAGCAGUGUUGUCCUGUUUUUCGACUAUGCUUUGACAUGGGAGAGAGAGCUCCGAUACCUUUGGAUGCCGGCGGAGACACCAUCACUUGGGCGCAUCUUGUUCUGCUUUGCUCGGUAUCCAGCUCUGGUCGGUGCGGUGAUCGGACUUUUACCUGUAACGGUUACACUCGGGAAGACCUUGGCUUUUCUGCAGCUUACUACCGUUGUCGCUGCAUCCUUGAUUUUCGCGACACGGACCUGGGCCAUAUGGCGAAGAGAUCGGAAAAUACUUCUCUUUCUGGCUCUCUCCCUCAUCGCAAGCCUUGCACCAACCGCCGUGCUUUUCGAAAGACAUAUCGGUACUACACAUUGGGCCAACGAUGUCGCUCCUGAUCAUUCGAAAGGAACUCAAUGCACUUAUCUCACCAGCGAAGUCGAACAUAACUGGGCCAUUCCUUACAUACCACUCAUUAUAUACGAAUUCGUCGUGCUCGCUCUAUCGAUGUACAAGAUUCAGAAUUACUUCCGCGCGGUCCCUAGUGCAAGCAGGUCGGCCUUGGUUCAAGUUCUUUGGAGUGAUGGAAUCCUGCACGUCGCGCUCACGCUACUGAUAGCUAUGUUCAACGUCAUCCUUGCUACCCGUAUCCCAAUCGAUUCUCUACGCACAGCCGGAAGCACCCAACUCCGUAUGUGUCUCCAAAGCAUCCUCUCGACUCGCGCCGUCCUCCACCUCUCGGCCGCGUCCUCAACAAACACGGCCCAAAUCAAUCCAAGUCAACAGUACAGAUCACAGGCUUCACACUCGCGGGGAUGGUUGGCGGAGUACAUGCCUGAGACUUCGAUGGUAUUUACUACGAGAUUCUCGAGCGCGGAUGACGGGGAGUUGGUGUCGAUGGAUGACCUUGAUGGACAGACGGAAGUUGUAAGAUCGAAAUGGACUUCGAGUGUAGAUGUGGCGUCAAAUACCGUACAUACGGCUGAUGCGGGUAGUGGUAGUUUCGGAAAGUCAAUCGGGGAUGGUGUUAUUGGUGUUUCUUCCUCAACGGUGACAUAGUGAGUCCGAUCGCCUCAGGCUGCAUGUACUUCAUCCUUGUAUAGACCUGCUCGUGUAUACCGAUAGAAUCGAC